AUGUUGAUACUUUUUAGCCAACUUUUUUACUUGUGUGUUUUACUGGAAAGUGUAAGCCCUAUAACCAAUGGAAAUUUUAGACCCGAUGAACCAGCCUCUGGAGACUAUCCGUUCCACGCACUCUUACUCCAACGCAUAGAACUUACCAACGACUGGUCUCCUUUAUGUAGUGGUGGUUUAAUUCACCCUCAAUGGGUAUUAACCACCGCUCAUUGUACACAAACACCAAACUCUAAACCGAGCGAGAUUCGUGUCUCUCUAGGCAGUAUCCACAUCAAUGGCGAGAACUCUCAAACACACGAUUUGCAAAGAAUUAUUGUCCAUCCAAAUUAUACUUCGAUGGACAACACCGGUAUUGGUUUAAAUGACAUUGCGUUGUUGGAAUUGAACGAAGCGGCCAAAUUGGGUCCCCGUGUUCAACCAAUUCGACUGCACAUGAAUGAUAAGCAGUUGCUUUUCGAAAAAAUGGCAUAUCUUACUGGUUUUGGAAAGACAAGUAGCCAUGGAUCACUGUCCUCCAGAAUGAGAAAGGCUGCGAUGCACAUAACCGAUUCGACCAAAUGUGCUUUGGUUAAUUAUGCUGACAGCAAAAUCUGCGCAACUUCGUUUCUUGCAGAAGGCAAACCUUGCACUGGAGACAGUGGUGAUCCAUUGUUUAUCACCAGCAAAAACAACAAACCAGUUCUACUAGGAUUCCUGAUCUACAUCACGCAGAGUGGUAGCUGUGAAAACGACAACAAUAAUUCGGUAUUCACAAGAGUUUCGUCUUACGUUCCAUGGAUAGCGACAGCAACUGGGAUAAAUUUAAAAAUAUUCAGCAACAUUUAA